ACUUAUCCUAGUUCAAUAAUUUUUACAACCAUUAGGGUCUCCUAUUUGCUAACCAUUAUCCACUACUUUCACCGACAAAAGUCCUCCAAUUAACCUGGCACUUUUAUGUCUCACUGACCAAUCAAAAACUCAAGAACUGCUCCUUCUCUCUCCUCUCUCUCUCUCUCUCUCUCCCUCAGUAGAUCGGUCGACACUUGCACACACCCCUGUAAUUCCUUCAAAUAUGAUCCAACGGUGGUCCUCAGUGGGAGAGCAAAGGCGAAAGUACUGGACCGUUGACUUGGAGGCAGUGAUAGUAGGACUAGUAGUAGUGCUUAUGAUAGACUACUCAGAGGAGCUGAAGUUGAAGCACCCAAUGCAUGGAGUAGUAGAUAGAGUUAACGAGAAUGGAGGUCCUUAUAUUGGCUUAGUUAUGGCUUACCCUACUGAAGAAGUGGCCCUUCAAGGCUCUGGUUUCUUUGUCCCUAGCUCUCACACCCCUUCCGUUGACUUGGCUGGAAGAAGAUUCCACAUUGGGAAGAUUAGUGGUAUUGAUGUGAUCUAUGUCAUGACUGGAGAGCAAAUAUUAAAUGCAGGAAUAACUGUUCAAAUCCUUGUUGAUGCAUUUGACAUUAAAGGGAUAGUUCAUUAUGGAACAGCAGGAAGUGCUAAUGACUCUUUGUCCUUCGGUGAUGUUAGCGUUCUAAACUAUGUCGCCCUUACCAGUUCUUGGAAAUGGAAGGAGUUCAAGUCAGGAAGAGGGCAAUUACCAGAACUGAAAUUUGGAGCCUUCAAUUUUCCUGAAAAAGGAGAUAAUUUAUUAGCAAAGAUUGAAUUCACACCAACACAGGUGUACUCCACCGGGAAAACCAUGGAAGAGAUGUUCUGGCUUCCAAUUGAUUCAAACUGGUUUAAAAUCGCAUUUCAACUUCAGGAUCUAAAUUUGCAGCAAUGUGUAAACGACACCUAUUGCCUACCUAAAAUGCCAAAAGUUGUGUAUGGACUGAGGGGUUCUACUGCUGAUAUAUUCCUUGCCAAUGCAGCGUACAGAGAAUUUCUUUACAAAGAAUUUAGUGUUUCAACAGUAGAUGAAGAGAGUGCUGCUAUUGUCAUGACCUCUCUAUCAAAUGGAGUACCUUGCAUUGUAUUUCGUGGUGUAUCAGAUUUGGCUGGUGGAGGAGGAAUACUAUCGGACACAAGCCUGAGUUUUCUGGCCUCUGUCAAUGCUCUCAAUGUGGCUAUUGAGUUCAUAAAACUAGUAGGUAAUGUAUAUGCAGCUCAGGAUCAUUGAAACAAUUAUCGCUGUUGAGCCCUUUUGAGUGAUAUUAAAAUUGCUCAGCUCUAUUGAACAUUGCUUUCUAAUGGUAAUUCUCAUAUAUUGAUUUAUGCCUUCAGAGGUAAUUUGGGUA